AUGGCUUUAUUUUGUGUAACAAGUAACUUAAAACGUGCAAGACCUUUUAUGUCGUUACUGAGAUCGAGAUCGAUAAAUACUUCUUCAUCUAGAGAUGUUCAACUCAAGUUGAAGACAGACGCCCAAUCAAUUUUUCAUGCUGCUCUCGGCGCGGUUUCUCCUCAGGAGAUGGUAAAAAAUAACCUUUUGUUUCGUCAGAAUAUUCUGUCCAUCAUGGAUCAUGAAUAUGUUGUCGAUAAAAAUGUCUCCGUGGUUGCGUUUGGGAAAGCUGUGUUAGGAAUGACUAAAGCAGUGGAGGAUGUUCUGGGAGAUCAGAUUGUCCGGGGGGUGGCCAGUAUUCCCGUAGGACUCCCCCACGCCAUUAAGGUAGGUGUAGAUCCACAAAAAUAUAACUUUUUCAGUGUUGGAGCACCAAAUUCUCUUAAUCCUUUACCUCCUACGAGUGAGCAAGACAGAAGUUUUCCUUACUAUAUCAAUAAAAUAUCAAGCAGACAAACGAUAUGCAAUAAGAGGUUUAUCAAUUAGGGACUAUUAAUUGAUCUAAUACAAAAUUCUCCUGCUAACUUUAUAUGAAUUGUAUAGUAGACAGUAAGAAGAAUUAUUUAUAAAAUCUUGGAAGUAAAAAGGGUUUACUGAUUUUAAACAAAAUUUAAUGCAGCUGGAGAGAACAAUUGUAUAUCAAAUCUUUGAUGUUGUUGAAAAUUAUUGAAACGAUAUACAUAUUUGUUACUUCAUACACAGGCUUCUGGCAAUAAAGAACUGAUUGAAAAGUCCACCCUCAGUGAGCUCAGCACAAUAGAAAUCAUUGAAGGAGCAAAGAACAACCUUCCAGAUGAAAUGGCUCAAUAUGCCGCUAGCAGGAUUAAAGAAGUAGCAGAAAACAUGAGCAACCAAGACAUUCUUUUGGUCCUUAUCUCGGGAGGGGGCUCAGCCCUCCUUCCAUAUCCUGUUGAGGGAAUUACACUGGAGGAGAAAUUGAAAACAAUUAAAGUAUUAGCAUCAAGAGGGGCUACUAUUCAUGAGCUUAACACUGUGAGGAAAAACCUAUCUGAUAUCAAAGGAGGAAAGUUGGCCGAAGCAGCCUUCCCUGCAAAGGUCUAUAUAACACUUAGUUUGAUUAAUACAUUCAUAAAUUUUUCUGUCAUGUUCCUCAGAAUGGUAAUUACUUGAUCACUAACACACCAACCACAGACGGAAUCACUGAAUGGCCCAUUAACUGACUGAUUAAUCUAAGCAAUAACUUACUUAAUAAAUCAGGGACUGAGUCACUAAUCAACUGACUCACUAGUGUGCUGAUGCCCUGAUUGAUAGAUUGUAUAUCAAUGCUAACAUUUUUUCUCAAACAGGUGGUGACACUCAUUCUCUCAGAUGUGAUAGGUGAUCCUCUUGACAUCAUUGCCAGUGGUCCAACAGUACCUGAUCCAUCAACUCCAGCUGAUUGCUUAGAAAUAUUCAAGAAACUCAAUGCAGAGGAAGAGAUUCCAGAUGCAGUUAUUCAGUAUCUACAGCAAUCAAAACAGAAAACAGAGAAGCAGGAAAAAGUAGAACUGAAUAAUUUUUCUCAUGUUCAGAAUGUCAUCAUAGGAAGUAAUCGCUUUGCGGUUGAUGCUGCUGUGAAAAAAGCCCUUGUGCUUGGCUAUGCACCUGUGGUGCUGUCCACGAUGUUAAGUGGUGAAGCAAGAGAUGUAGGAAAAAUGUUCUCAGAUGCAGCUAAUUUAGCUUGGAAUGGGCAUCUGUCAAAAAUGUCACCUUAUGGCCAACAUGUAUUGACUAGCAGUAUUGUUAAUGAGAUAUUAACUGCACGUAAUGAGCAAAAGCCAGUUUGCAUCAUUGGUGCCGGAGAAACCACAGUCACACUGAAAGGGAAAGGUAUAGGGGGGCGUAACCAAGAGAUGGCGCUCACAUUAGCAAUAGAUGUUUAUGAAAAUCUAGAACAGUUUUGUAAUGAUGAAAACAAUGGUGGUUUGGUACUACUCAGUGCAGGAACAGAUGGCCAAGAUGGUCCCAACCCAGCUGCAGGAGCAAUGGCAGAUCCAUAUCAAGUAACUGAAGCUAAAGAAGAUGGACUUGAUGCCAAACAGUUCUUGGAAAAUAAUGAUUCUUUUUCCUUUUAUUCAAAAUUUAAAAAUGGAAGGGACCAUGUGGUGACUGGAUUAACGGGAACUAAUGUAAUGGAUAUUCAGAUUUUACUUGUAUCUCCACCUUCAUGACCACAGAAAAAGAGUGGUACAUGAAGUGGUAGAAGACCCAGAGGGUGGGUCUGAGGGCUCUGAAUCCCCACCCUAUCAGACCCAUAGGUUUUUUUACUACAAAUCUGCCAAAAAAAUUCAUACAAGGACAGGAUUGUAUGUUACUUAAUUCUCAACUGAAGAAUUUCAGUUUAUUUGUAUUUAAAUAUUUCUUGACUUAACUGGGCUGUAGUGUAAAUAGAAAUUUCUGUCUUUUUUGAAAUCAAAAGUCAGGUCCCUUCCCUGGAUUCACCCCUGUUCCUUGGUUUUGGUUCCCUCAACUAGCAUGUAAAAUGGUUUACCAUUUAAAGACAGUAGAUAGCAAAUCAAGUUUUCAUUCAAGAUGAAUACUUGGAUUUUUCAAAAAUGCAUUUUGGUGGUAUAAAUUACAAGGUUUGUAUAAAAUCAUGUUCUUAGUAGUUGGGUGUCUGGCGUAUUGAAAUUGAAAUAAGUAUUUUGGAUUAACAAUAAUUUUGUUUCUGAAGAAAAGGCUCAGUAAAAGUUCAGUCAGACAUUGUUUUGUUUUGUUUCUUUAUUUUUAAAAUAUCUGUUUGUUUGAACUGGGGUGUGCUCUAUAGCCCAUUUCUGACCUUUUAAAUACGAACCUCAGCAGUACAUUUAGGAGACAAUUCACAUUAAUCCAUAUUUAUUCAUUUUUAAGCCCUAAUUAAAUGCCAGAGAUAUUGCUUUAGUUUUCAUUUGGUGCAGGAAACGAAAACUCGUCUGAAGUGGACAGUUUGGGAAAACCUUCUGAGAUGUUCCGCUAUCCUCUCGUUGAAGUCCAUUCCAACAUUAUAUAAGUACGAUCUCUCAUAUGUCACGUUUCCAAAUUUGGAAGAUGACGCGCUUUCGAAAAUACCUCGGGACCUCGGUAACCGAACGACGCUGUUGAUUAUUGAUUCGAAGAAGAAAGAAAUUUGAAUCGGCCCAUAGUUCGCUGAGUAAUCGGUGCUUGAAAGGACAACCUGGAAAGAAAUCGGUGAUGGAUGUGUAAUCGAUUUGCAAGAAAUUCUGAAGAAAGCGUUAUUGGUAGCUGAUGAGCUUAUCAGUAAGUUAGAAUUUUUGAUGAACAGUGAAGAGGGCUCGGAUCGAACAGCUUUGUUCGAGCCGUUGAUAUUUUGUAAAUGAUAGGGCACUGAUUCUGCAAGUGCAGCCAGAAAAAUAUGUUUGCAAAAGGUACAGUCUUCCCAGAGCUUCAAUCAAGCUUUCCAUUUUUUAUUUUCCUGCAUAGCGACUACGUGUUAUGAAUAAUUUUAGCCUCACUUAGCGAUAAACGGCUUCGAUCGGCUAGCGCACUUUAUUAAAGUUUAUUUAGCCCAUAUUGUGUAGAUUGCAGAGUGCGAAUUCAUUCAAGUAAUUGGAAACAGUUGCCAAUAUCUACGUCUGGUAUCAAAACACAGGCUAUCUUCUUUAGAUUCUAAACCAGACUCAUGAAGAAAUCGUAAUAACUCUGAUGUAUCAAUGCCGAUAAAUUUCACAAGGAAAUAUUUCAAACGAAAAAAACUGCCGUUACGGCCUUUGUUUUCAUCUUUUGUAUUUGUAACCAUGAAAACAAGGAAACGAAAUCCGACCCUUGUAAUGACACGUUUCUACAUCGGUGUCUUCCACCAGAUUAACUUUUUCAUCUCACAGUAUUUUUAUCGCUUGGCAGUGUUUGGAACAUUGAUAGAUUCUUAUACAGCAUAAUUCCGUUUAAAUUGAAAACCGCAACAGGUUUGGUCGGUACACCAUUCAUGAUGAUUUCAUUUAAACAUCUGACUUCAUCAUCAAAAAUGAUAUUUUCAAUCCCUCAAACAUAUCUACAUUCCAAAUUAUCCGUUUGACCUGAGAUAACAAGGAGAAACCAAAUGGUAAUUCAGAUUACCACAGGAGUGCUUACCUUCUGUUUUAAAAGCGGCCGUGUUCUGUUCACAUUGUAUUUGUAUUCCAACCUUGCGUGUUGAUAAUUUUCUCUUACUUUUAUUUCAGCCACUUUUCAAUCAUGGUGAUCUUAUCAAGAAGGCAAGAGUGGAUCAGCUAAAAAAAUUAUUACCCUGGUGUGCAUUAAGCAAAAAAAAGAGAUAAAAGAUGGAUAAAACAGCAUCUUUGUAUUGUCUACCAAUUGAAAGGACGUCUGCAUCGUCCUGUUGGACGAUCCCUCGAUGUUGUUGUAACUGCCCACAGAUGUCUGGAAAUUCAAAUCCACGUGAACAAAACUGCAACAAAAACUUUCUGAAGUGUACUCCUUGGAGAAAAAAAUCACUUAUAAGAUCUACUUCAAGAUGGACUUUUCUGGAAUUAAUUUCGUGUUUGCUAAGACUUUUACUGCUAUUUUGGAGCCUAUCAAACACUGUUGGCAGUGUUUUCAGUGGAAUUAUAUCUGAAAAGGGUAUACCAAGGCUUAGACUGUGGUGGAUAUUACUGAUUGCCAGUUUGUUUGGCACAAUUUUGUUACCAGUUGUAUCAAGUCAAGAAAGUGUACAACCUAAACCAUCUGUGAAAAGCAAAGUGCUGCCUAAUGCGGUUGUCUAUGUUGGAUCUGUAUUUAGUUACAAUAUUUCAGAGGAUGUAUUCGAUUGUAAUGUGAACAGCAUUGUGGUAAGUUGCACCUAAAGUAUACAGAGUUGGUGAAUGUAGCUUAUAUUGCCGCAUUCCUUAAUGUUUUGUUACCCAAAGCCAAGACACCACACCCCAUUGGUAGGAAAAUUGCCCCAUAGUGUUUCCAUGUCGCCCCAUACUACAUGUAGAUUGGCUCAAUUUCAUCAUUAGUCAUGACAAUGUUUACAUUCCCAAUGGGAAUGCUAAGUAGAGUACUGCAUUUACAUAAACAUAAUGUGAAUGUGGUCCUGGACUGAGAAUCCUGGUAAAAGAAUAGCCACAACUUUUUCAACCUGCAAAUUAAUUUUCUAGCCUGUGGAUGCAAGGAACCUUUGAUUGUGUUUUUGAAUAAUCCUUUUAUUUUUGCAGGUUUCAGAAACAGCAGAUAGAUUUCUCUCACACUGGCUGUCAUAUAGCAGCAACAAGAAACAACUAUAUGGUGUUCCCUCAGAUAAAGAUAAGGGAACUUACAACAUCCUAGUUGUAGCUUUGACAAAGGACACUUCACUGGGCGGCCAUGUUUGUGGGUCACAGUCAUUUUCCAUUGUUGUUAUGUCUAUAAGUGAACAACUGCCAGUAUCAGUUCAUCUCAGCACUACAGGCUUUAGCAGCAAUGAUCACAAACCUGCCCUUGGUUUGUCAUGUCCUCCUGGAACACAGGCAAUCCUGGGAACAGUGGUGUUGAACAUGGACAUACAAAGCCUUAAUGGGCAUCAGCGCAUGAUGUUAGUGGUUAAAAUGGCUGACCAUCUCAGUGUGGACUCUAGCAAAUUAGGCUUCUUCUCAGGUGAGAUUUCCAACCCAAUAACACAACAACUAGACAAUCCCACUGUUAUAGCAGCUGGUGUGGGAGACGGUAGAUUUGCCAAAGGCAUAAGGAGUUUCAUAACCUGGAACAUGGCAUGUGGUGCAUUAAAGCUGACAGAUGUAGGUUUUUCAAAACUUGAAACUGCUGCUCAAGAUGGAACCAUUAGCACACUAAUGGGUGCCCCAGUGGUGGGGUGGCAUGUCUUGUCUGGAACUCAAAAAGACAUGGUACGACGCAGAGUUCGAAGACAAGCACAGGGGAUUAUUGCUAUUACUCCUACGCCCUCUGCAUCUGGUACCCCACCCUCCAGAUUGUCAAAUAUGUCCACUUUGGUCAUUGUCUCAAAAACUGUUUCUUUAACAUCUGCAAGCCAGAAUUCCACAGCUUUACUUCCAAGUGUUACACCAAACAGAACUGUUACCAAAACCACAAGUGUUAACAUCAACUCAACAUUGUUCAGUCACUUAACAAUGAAAAGUAGUCAGUCUUCUACCACUGGCUUUAAUUUGACAGUGUCAAGCCUGCUAGUAAACAAAAGUAUGUCAUCAUCCUCCAGCAUACGCCUCAACUUGACAGAAUCAAGUCAGCCACCAAACAAAACUGCUUUUGCAUCAUUUAGUCUAAUUUCCACAUCUUCUAGUGUUAGCAUCUAUCCAACAACUUCAAUUCAGUUACCAAACAGGACUAUUUUCCCAUCUUAUAGUGUGAGCAUCAAUUUAACAACUUCAAGUAUUUUGCCAAACAGAACUAUAAUCCUAUCUCCAAGUGUAAGUGUUAGCUUGACAACAUCAAGUCAGUUACUCAGUGCCACAGUAUUCAAGUCUUCAAGUGCUGUCAAUAUAAACACCAGCAUAACAAGUAUCUUAACCUCUUCAAAGCUUCUGUUGACAGUGAACAGUUCUUCUGCAUCACGUCCAACAAACAUCAUUUCUGCCAAUAGAACAAUAACUAUAUCAGAGAGUCAUACCCCAUCUCUGAAUUCAACAUUUGUCACUAGAACAGCAUUGACCAAAGUGCCUUCCCUGUCUUUUACACUUAGUGCUUCUUCACCCAACAAAUCAACCAUUGUAUCAUCACAGAAUAGAUCAAUCUUGAGUUCGCUGACAAUGAUAACACUGAAUACAAGUCAAGCUGUAAUUUCCUCAACUACAGUUCCUUCCGUAUCCCAAGGAAACAUUUCCAUAGCAGUGAGAGCAUCUUCACUGACUGCAUCUUUCAACAGAAGCAUUCUAGUCACAUCUGUUAGUAUUUCAUCAAGUUUUCCAUCAGUUCUUACUACGCUUCAGUCAACUUUUCCAGCAACAUCCACAGCAAAGUUAAAUUCUUCAAUUCCAAAUGUGUCUUCAUCAAUGUUAAUCACUCAAGCAACUGCAUCAGUGACUGUAGUUCCAAGUAGCUUUAUGCCUGUUGCUAACACAUCACUGCUUAUCACAAGUGCAGCCAGUCACACAAGUUUAUCCACUGUGAUAUCCACUACCAGCUCAAAUCUUUCAUCCAUCACAUCAAACAGUACUUUCUUGGCUUCUUCAUCAAGUUUAAUUUUGCUUCCUCCAAAUACAACUUUGGUUGAAAAUUUAACAUCGUCUGCUAAGACAAGUUCCUUUGUAACAAGCAGCAUGGUAAUCUUGCCAUCAACUCCUCAACCAGGAAACUCAACUGAAUCAAAGGCAAUUUCACCAAUGCCAACAUCAUCUUUGUUUACAAGCCUCGUUUCAUCAACAAUGAACAACACUGAGAUAUCAUUGGUCAAAACAAGUUCACUGGUCCCAUCAUUGUCAAGCACAUCUUCAGUGAUGUUGUCCAGUUCUGCAACACAGAUGUCAAGUCCUUCCAUGUUGCUUCUGAGUUCUACAAUAGUCAACCAGACAUCUGGGGUACAAAUCUUCUCAAGCAGUACCUUGCAGCCCAAUCUCACUUCCUCAAAAACUGCUGUUCUGCCAUCAUCGAUGUCUUCACCUAUUGUAACAAAUGCAAGGUGAGAAACAAGAACUGUUCAAUUACAAGCACAAGUAGAUGUUGAUAAUGAGUUGUCGGAAGAGAUAAUGCAAUUUUUAAAUAAGUGUCAAAAAUAAUUUGGGAUUACUUUGGUUUUGCCUUACUUCACCUGAGAUUGGUCCCAAAAACUUGUCCUUCUUUCAAACCAAUCGGAUUCAAAAAUAAGACCAAUAGCUACCUGGUCAUUCAGGUUUUCAUCCACUUCAGACAGAUUGCUUUUUUUCAGUCUGAAUUCUCAUUGUUUUUUUUUCUUUUGUGGUAUUUUCCUUUGUUCUGAUUGGCUUUUGAGAUCUAAGUGGGCUCUAUUAAACAUAGCUAAGAGUAAGCAAUUAAGACUUUUGGCCAAUAACAAGUCUGACAAUGUUCUCUGGGGAAAGUUAUUCGUUAGAUCCAGUUAAAUUUAUGAGAAUCCUUACAUGUACAUUCGCCAAACUAGUUGUUCUUGCUUAUAUCUAUAAUUGUCUGUUUGUUUUCACUGAAUUUAUUGUGUUUCAUCUUGAUUUUCAGUGAGGUGACAUCUGUGAAUGCAACUACCAGUAAGUCAACCUUGAAUUUGUUUGAUAUAAAAAAAAAAAAUUGGUGAUUAUCAAUAAAUUAUUUCUUAAGUGCACUCUAAACAUUUCAUCGUCAAUCCUCAAACGCCUUCACCAACUAUUCUGUAGUUAACCAGAUCCUUCAAGGUUUCCCUUAUCUGUUUGGAAUUUUUCGCAUCAUAUACAUAGCAAAACGUUUCAAAUUACACGAAUUGAAAUAUUUUUGAUAACCUCCUUGACAUCUUAGAACCAUAAAGAAAAGAGAUAAUUUUGUACUUGUGAUGCCAAAUUAAGAGAGUACGGAAUUUUACAAGAAGAUUUGUACUUAUUUGAUGUAAUUUCUGAGAGGGCAAGGGUACUCCUAUAGGAAUCAACAACUUUUCUGUAAUUAGUAGCCAUCACUCAGAAAACAGUGCAAAGACAUGUACUCUGUGUACACAUGCAGUAACCUCUAACAAACACGCCUAGGGCAACGGUCUCAGGAACAGAAAACUCUUUUCUUUAACACGCUAUAAUUUUUGGAAUAUUUCCACCUGUUUGUUUUGUUUUGGUUUUUUUUUUCAAGCUAGUUUAACUCCAACUAACUUGAUAUAUUCAUAAAGCAAAAAUACUAACUUUCCUCACAACUUUUCAGCCGACUUUUGCCCUUAUCUUCUUUGAUCGAAAUUCUUCAAAACUUUUCAUCUUUCUACUCAUUUUCCUCUAACAAGUUUUUUUCCAAGUUGCUGAUCUAUCCUGUAACAUCACGCAAUCAGCAGUGCGCCGAGCUCCAGAGUAUGCUGCAUGAAAAACUACAUGAAGUGUCUGCAUGCUCCUUCCUCGAAUAAAGUAUGGUAACUUUGACUGCAUGGAAAAAACGAAUGGAAUUCUCAUAAUGUCGUAUUUUGUUCCUAAUCCAUAUUUUCAUUUCAAAAUUGACCUCCACAGCCAAGAGGACUGCAUUGGUGAAUUCAACAUUUAAAAUCAAUAGGUCAUCGUUUAUCGCCGUAACUACGUCGGCGUUUCCGUUAACAAGGACGAGUGGUACCCGAAGUUUUCCGAGCACCUUCGUCGCUAAUCGAAGUGUUGUCUCUACCAUCACUUCGAAAGGAUUUCAAAAAUCGAGUGUUAACAUUUCGUUCAGUCCAAAAAUCACAACAACAGCGUUCGUAUUUAGCACAAUUUCACCAUUGAGUACUUCUCAGUUUACCAGCAUGUUUUCAAGCAUUGAUCUGAGACCUAACUUAACUAGAAUUACAGACUCGUCGUUUUUCUCAAUGUCUGUAAAACUGACUACAAGCUCUGAAGUUCCUGUGAAUUCCACGAUUGCUUCAAGUACUAAAGGAAGUCCUACAACGGUAUCAAGUGCUGUCACCAAAUCUGUGGACUCAACUCUCUCAGCGAGAAGAACGACUUCAUCGGCAAAGUCUGUUGUUACCAGCUCAAGUGGACAUUUUAACGUUAACUCCUCGUUGAUGCCGUCAGUGCUCUCCAGUGGCAAACCGAUUGUUGGAUCGUCUUCCACGUUGAUGGCAAAUUUAAGCAGUUCAGUUCCUGUGUUGGAGUCAAGUACCGCAUUUUCUGUUGUUUUUACCCCUGCAGACACCUCUGUAAUGAAUUUAUCUACAACAGAGAUGUCAACUACCCAAAUCAGCCCUACAACUCUGUCGUCCAUACCCACUUCAAGUUCAGCAUCCUCACUUUUAAAUCCACAAGACCAGACAACUUUGCUUAGCAAAAGUGAUGUUAGUGAGUCCAGCAGAAUCGUGCAAAAUUCGACGACGUUGUUCGGCGCAAGCAGAACUGUUUCGAUGAAUUUCAGUUCUCUUUCGUCGACCUCUUCAUUAAGAAAAUCAACUACUGGAAUUGACAGCACAAUGUCACGAAUGUCCUCUGCCAUAAGUGUGGUAACCUCUACUGUGGUGUCACUACCCUCAAUCACAGUCAUUCCAACUUCUGUCACAGUCCCACCAACAUUUGUCACAGAAAUACUACCUUCAACUACAGUCAUACCAACUUCUGCAACUGCGAUACCAACCUCCGUUACAGAUACUUUGAUUCUUUCCACGCACGUUACUCGCGGCACGCGUGUAGUGAACUCCAGCAGCAGACUUGACAGUGUUUUCAGCAGGACACCCAGCUCUGUCCAGACGAGUACCGCAGUCACACCCACGCCGGUGUACAGGACAACCAGCAUCUUGGAGACCAGUGGUAAGAUACCAAUGAGUUUACGAAUUGCACGUUCGCACCACGUUAAAUUCAUCGAGCACUGCACUCAAUCACGCGUUAAGUUUAUUCGUCAUCUGAAUCACAUCCUUUGUCUAUCCAUAUACGUCCACUGAGCCUUGACACCAUUCCUUUCAAAUCUCUGUAUUUCCUCUCUCUCCUCACGGCUUAAAUCUCUUUUUGAUGUUGGUUUGCUCAAUAUCCACCUCUAUCACGAGGCGUACAUUCGAACACAAACCUUGACUCACUCUUUACUGUCAACAGGUCUUCGCUUUUUCCUUAAUUUUUUCUCACGUCAUUCUCUUUGUGAUUCGUUUCUCGUACGUUUUGUUGUUUCAUUGAAAUAUUCUUAUCCACUAAUCGCAUCAAACGCCACUGUAUUGCUUGGCCGAUGAACUUAAGAGAGCUGUGAUGAGUUCUCCGGGCGCUUACCGGCCAGAGCAAUUCAAUUCAAGUCACCAAAUGUUUCUUGCGUGACACUUUGUAAUGUUACCUUGUUUCCUCUCCAAGGUUCACCCUCUUUCGCGUCACACAAUACAACGAAAAAGACUCUGAGAAGCACUGAAGUGAUAGUGAACUCGUCCUCUACACCCAGUUACUCAAUGGUUGGAUCUCGAAUGACCACUACUAAGUUUUCAUCAGCACAAAUUAACAGCACUACUGUCACGCAAGUUAAUCUGACAGCUGUUACACAUAGUUAUGUGACACCUGUCACGCAGAGUAAUGCUACAUCUGUCACGCGAUUCAGCACUCUUCAGAGUAGCACAUUUGUAGUCACACCUUCCAAGUUCAUUGGAUCGUCGAUAAAAUCUAGAAUUACUUUCUCAGACACAGUGAAAACUUCAUCUAUCACGCAAAUGACUACUUUAAAGUUGAUUCAGACCAGUAAAACUAGCACUCGAACGCCGGUCAUCACUGAUUCAGGGAUCAGAAUCACGCAAUCGACCGUGGAAAUAGCAACAUCUUCAAGGAUUCCAACAUUUUCGUCAUCAAGGUUCGAAUCGAUGGCAAAGAAAAGUAUUGUGACCGAUAGUGCCGCGUCACGGAUAGUCAGUAGCGUGAUAUCUCUCAUGACAUCAGGUGUGACACUUGAUCGAACGACCUCUGUUACUAUGCAAACAGAGUUCGCUGUCGAGACACUUAUUUCAAAAUCAUCGUCAGGAACUCAGAAAAUGUCGUCGGCGAGGUCGACAGUUAACGUGACAAAAUCCUUGGAUCAGAGCUUUGUGCCACCUUCACGAAGUAUGACCUCAUCUACCUUACGGUCGUCGGUUUUAAGGGGUCUAACAGCCUCUAUAUCUACAAGUAUUUUAACAUCAAGCACCAAAUUCUUGACAGUUGUGACCAAAUCAACCAAAUUAGCAGCCACAUCAUCAUCAUUAUCAUCAUCAUCAUCAUCAACUACUACCACAGAGAAAGGUGCUCUUACAUCAAAGCCCAGCUUAGUUGCUGAGACAAGUACUCCGCACAGAUCUUUUACACUAACGACACUCAAAACAGUAUCCUCGCCAUCCUCUUUAUUAGAUAAAUCUUCCGUUGGAAGCCGCAUUCCGGCUCUCUCGCCUACAGCGGCUUCUUUCUCUUCACGUAAGUCUGGUACAGACAACUCUUCCAUGAGCUUUUCCUCUUUUGUCUCUGUGAAAUUUCUAAUCUCAUACGAGACCUUAGUCAGUACUACCUCGUUUUCAUUAUCGCGUGCACCUACCUCAUUUCGCGAAAAUUUUUCCACUGUUGGUAAUUCACAAAACCUCCGCUCGGAUUCUCUUGUCACCCAAUAUCUUUCCACCCCCAUUAACACUAACAACAUAAUCGACACCCCAAAAAAAAAGUUCCGGAAGUUUUCAUACUAGCAUCUCCCAAACUGUGGUUUUAGCUACAAUCCCCCUGUCCUCAAAGCUAGUUCCUAAUAGUGCAGUAAUUUUCCCUCGUUCUUCUAACCAUUCUGGCUUUUCUUUUCAUUUUUCUUCCAUUUUAGGUCCGCUUCCAAGUAGCUCAUCUCUGUCUCCAUCCAACUCGACCCAGACUGCAACACUGCCAGGCACAACUCGGACAAUUAGCGUGUCACCAUCGUCAACCUCUGUUGUCGUACCAACCACUGCCCCGCCCAAUUCACCCCCCGAGGUUAUCAACAACUUGGGCCGGGUGAUAGCCCCCGCAGGUGUGGCAUUACAUUAUACCAUACCCGAAGAUACUUUUUAUGAUCGGGAGGACGGCGCCGACACGCGUAACCUGUCGCUUUCGAUGAAACUUGCGAACGGUUCAUCGAUCCCGGAGGACUUUUGGUUGCAGUUUGACAGUGAGAGCCAGACUAUUGACGGAUUACCGCUAGACACGCAUGUACCUGAUGGGAUAAUGGGUCAGGUGCUGGUAGUGUAUGCUCAAGAUAGCCGCGGCGCUGAAGCCUUGGACGCCUUUGAGGUUUUGGUUGUUCCAUCGGAAAAUCCAGUUGUGCAAGAGUUAAACAUCAGAAUUACAAACGAGUUUGUCGAGUUUAGCCGCAACGUAGCUCAGAGGCUUUUACUGUUGAAAAAGAUCGCAUCAUAUUAUGAGGAUGCGGAUGAAUCAAACAUAAGAGUGUUGAGUUUCAAAGCGGGGUCAGUGAUAAUGUCAUGGACGAAUGACUCGUUACCGACAGAGAGAUGCGACGAGGAAAAAUUACAGUACGUUGCGAAUAAGAUACUACUUUCCAAUGGCGAAGUAAGGACGGAAUUUAGGGAGGCUUUAAAAGGCUUUCCAGUUGUGAGUGCGAAUGAGGAACGAAUGGGAGUUUGUAACGGAUCUUACCCCGUCAUAACUAAUGCACCAAUCGACGCAGGCGCACGAACGUCUAGUGAAGAGGGUGACUUGUGGUACAAGCACGUUCUCGUUGGUGUGCUCAUCGUCCUUAUUUUAAUUGUCCUGGCCGUGCUACUGAUCUGGUACUGUAGGAGACGGAGACCAAAACCUUCUAACGAGAAGCGUACCUUUAAGAAACGCAAGCCCAUCAUUCUGGAACCGGAGAUUGAGUUAAAACCAAUUCCUGGGAAACCACUUGUUCUACCGGAUGAUUCCCCGAGUUUCCCGCCAUCAUAUAUUUCGGAAACCUCGCUUGAUAAGCCUGUUUCUUCCGAUGAAGAUGACGAAGAGGAUUAUGGGAAAGGUAGCCCUAGUGUUAGGUACGAGCCUCCCCCGCCUUUUUAUGGAGUCCUCGAUGACGAAGAUCCUCGGAACACUCCUCCGCCGGCCUACCAGCUACCGCCAAUGUUUUGAAGAUUUUAGUUGCCACAUGACACGAGUAAACUAGCGUUUUUUUCAGCAGACUUCUGAAACUAGGCACAAACUUUUGCAGCUAAUGUGCUCUCGUAUCUUGUCCUGCCUGCUCUCUAGAACAGAAAAAGGCGCAAAACUACUUCUCUGAGGUACUUCGAAAUAAGGCGGUUUACGGGUCAAAUCUCAAACGUUUGUUGCAGUUAAAGCUGAAUUUAGCGUGGGAAAAAGGACAUCUUAAUUUUUACUUUAAGGACAACUAUUUUUAAGUUCAAUAACUUAUGAUUUAAAUGUUCAACGAGAGUUCAGUUUUACAUAAAUUUAGGAGAAUUUCUGAGAUCUUUUUUACAAUUGUAAAUUUAUCGUCGAUCCAAAUUUUAUGUUUUCGAAACUUUUAGUCACGACCAGGAUGUUGAAGAUACUAAUCGGUAUUCAAACUGAUACUUCAGUGAAAAAAUGCCAAGUUACUUCCUUGCUGAGAAUGAAAAUGAGAUGAACCAUGGGCAGUGAAUGUUUUAUUUUGGUAUUUGAACAUUUCAACAAGAACGAAUCUGAAAG